AUGGCGACUACUGUUCGACACGGACCCACACAUGUUGUGAAAAUCGAGAUGACGAUUGUACGGUUCCUAUUCUCGGAGACCAUCUCUGCUACUGCGACAUGUUUUGUGACCGUGGUCCAGACGGAGGAAACGAUUGUUGUCCGGAUUUUGAGGCCACUUGCCGCGGAAAAGACAUUCAAAACGAUCAGAGGAUCGAUGGAGAAAGUUGGCUGCUCGAUGGAUGGAGACACUAUGGAGAAAAACUGUGAAAAGUGUACAUGCCAAAAUGGAAUGUGGAAGUGUGAUGGUACUGCCUGCCUUAUCCAACCAGAUAUUCUGGAAAAACUACACACUGGAAGAUUUUCAUGGACUGCCCGGAACUAUUCGGCAUUUUGGGGUCGAAGUUUGAGUGAUGGAAUCAAAUAUCGAUUGGGAACACUGUUUCCGGAGAGAAGUGUUCAAAAUAUGAACGAGAUUUUGAUUAAGCCAAGAGAGCUUCCUGAGCAUUUUGAUGCCAGAGAUAAAUGGGGGCACCUGAUUCAUCCCAUCGCUGAUCAAGGAGAUUGUGGAAGUAGUUGGGCUGUUUCCACGACUGGAAUCUCUUCGGAUCGACUUUCCAUUAUUUCGGAGGGUCGAAUCAAUGCAUCACUUUCGUCGCAACAGCUUCUUUCAUGCAAUCAGCAUCGACAGAAAGGAUGUGAAGGUGGAUAUUUGGAUAGAGCAUGGUGGUAUAUUCGAAAAUUGGGCGUUGUUGGAGAUCAUUGUUAUCCGUAUGUGUCUGGACAAAGCCGUGAGCCGGGACACUGUUUGAUUCCAAAGAGAGAUUAUACAAACCGCCAAGGCCUCCGUUGUCCAAGUGGUUCCCAGGACAGUACCGCAUUCAAAAUGACUCCUCCAUACAAAGUUUCGAGUCGUGAAGAGGAUAUUCAGACGGAAUUGAUGACAAACGGACCAGUUCAAGCCACUUUUGUAGUCCACGAGGACUUCUUCAUGUAUGCCGGAGGAGUUUAUCAACACUCGGAUCUGGCUGCUCAGAAAGGAGCAUCUUCUGUGGCGGAGGGUUAUCAUUCGGUUCGAGUUUUAGGAUGGGGAGUAGAUCAUUCGACUGGUCGACCAAUCAAGUAUUGGCUCUGUGCCAAUUCAUGGGGAACACAAUGGGGAGAAGAUGGAUAUUUUAAGAUUUUAAGAGGAGAGAAUCAUUGUGAAAUUGAGAGUUUUGUGAUUGGUGCAUGGGGCAAAGGAUCCAAACGACGACGACGAUUCAAGAUGCGAAAGCUCCGUCGAUUCAGAAAAAUGUUCAAAUAA